AUCGUGACCUUCCUAGUAUAGUCUGUCUAUAUCCACCGUAUCCACAUCAUGUCUGAAAACCCAUUGACGGACUUCGAGGACUUUGUGACGCCGGAGUUCCAGGUCCAACGGUUUGCGAACGAGCUUUUGCUAGCAACAAACUCGCAGAUGGACCCCGAGGUGGACCUUUACACCCCUGAGAAGCGUCUUGGGUAUGACAUCCAGGAGGUGGAGAAGCGUUUGGUGCAGCUCACGUCGGAGAACUACGAGCUCUUGAUCCAACAAGUUAACAAAAUGGAGCAGACCACCGCCAACUUGAACAGCUUGAAGCCAUCGUUAGACCAAUCCAGACGGUCAUUCCGCAAGCUAGAGAACGAUAUUCUUGAGCCAUACGACCGGGCCCAGAAGAUUUACGGUGCGUUGCGCAAAAUCCACACGACGUCAGACUUGCUCCGUGGGGUCGCCUAUUUCCUAUACUUGACGUACGAGCUUGAGGAGGAAGCAGACUUUGAGCUUCUGCCAGCCAAGAUGCUAAAGUUGGCCAACUCUCAUAGCCAGCUCCAGCAGCACCUUAAUUCCAUGCCCUCGUUGAAAUCCAUGGCGAUUGUCCGCAAUUAUUUACCUGUGACCGCUACAAAGCGACAGCAGCUCGUAGACUUGUGCUACAAAAACGUGCUCCAGAGCACUGCCGUGCUGGCUGUGCUUACGGAUCCGGUGAUUGUGGCACAGUUCACCGGCGCUCUUUCCACGUUGGCUGCAAUGUCACCAGAGAAAGCCCGAGAGACACUUGUGUACGUGAUGCAAACUCAUGCGCAACACGCCGCGCAGCUUAUGAUCAAGGCCGUUACGUCGCCGCGCCAGUUUACCGCAGUGAUGCCGGAGGUGGGCACACGUGCCCUGUUGAUUGCGCGCAUCGCACAACUUUUGACCACCAUCACGUGUCCUUACAGCACUGCCACCAUGAGCGAGUGGAUGCGUGAUGAAUUGCGUGACUCAAUGCUUGGCUGCUAUUGGAAGACCGUUUCCAAGGACUACGGAAAAAAGUUGCAUACGACCAUGAGCAAUGGGGGGCCUGUCGCAAAGAACUUGCGCAACCACAAGGCCGCCAUUCGCGAGGCGAUUGAAAAGGCUGUAGAACUUUCGCACACAGAUGAUGAUGAGACUGCCGCUUAUUUGAAGUUGAUGUUACAACCUUUGGAGGGGAUCGAUAUCCGGAGAUAAGGUGAAAGCGCCAAGGAGGGGAAUUUUCUUGACUUACAGAGGCAAUCCUUUGACUUUCUUCAAUGGAUCUUUGACGAAUCGGCUCAUUACAGUGGAAUAUGACAUUGCCUGUUUACCAGAGAAAUAUUACUCCCACAUCGUGGUGCAUACCUUGUUUGAUUUUUACUUUCAAAAGUUGCAUAAAUACCUUCUUGAGGACAUGGUGUAGUCCUAGGUAGGCAAGAUUAAUAGAGUAUGAGAAUGUAAAUUAGGGCUAAUGAAUUGACCAAA